CUCUACAAAUAAUCAAUUCGGGCUCCGCUCCUUCCUCGGCGACCGCCGGGGAUGGCCGAACGAGCACUGUCUCCUCCACCCCACCUCCGCCUCCACUUCGUCGUUUUGCUUUCUCUCGCACUCCUCCUCCAACUCUCUACUGCUGAGAUCUUCUUCGAAGAGCGAUUCGAUUAUGGGUGGCAAAGCCGGUGGGUAAAAUCAGACUGGAAGAGCAGUGAAGGAAAAGCUGGUUCUUUUAAACAUACGGCGGGAAAAUGGGCUGGAGAUCCAGAUGACAAAGGUAUUCAGACAUACCCAGAUGCCAGGCACUUUGCAAUAUCUGCAAAGAUUCCAGAAUUCAGUAAUAAGAACAGAACGCUGGUGGUCCAGUAUUCUAUAAAAUUUGAGCAGGACAUUGAGUGUGGUGGUGGCUACAUCAAGCUUCUCUCUGCUUAUGUCAAUCAGAAGAAAUUUGGUGGUGAUACUCCUUACAGUUUAAUGUUCGGGCCUGAUAUUUGUGGCACACAGACAAAGAAGCUCCAUCUUAUCCUUUCUUACCAGGGACAGAAUUACCCUAUAAAGAAAGAUUUACAAUGUGAGACAGACAAGUUAACACAUGUAUACACGUUCAUUCUUAGGCCUGAUGCCUCAUACAGUAUUCUUGUGGAUAACCGAGAGAGAGAAUCUGGAAGCAUGUAUACUGACUGGGACAUUCUUCCACCUCGAAAGAUUAAAGAUGUCCAUGCUAAAAAGCCUAAAGACUGGGAUGAUAGGGAGUACAUUGAUGAUCCUGAUGCCGUUAAACCAGAGGGAUAUGAUUCAAUUCCAAAAGAGAUUCCUGAUCCAAAAGCUAAAAAGCCUGAUACAUGGGAUGAUGAUGAAGAUGGUAUAUGGAGGCCACCAAAGGUACCAAAUCCAGCAUAUAAAGGCCCAUGGAAACCCAAGAGGAUCAAGAACCCAAACUAUAAGGGGAAAUGGAAGAUACCAUGGAUCGACAACCCAGAAUUCGAAGAUGAUCCAGAUCUCUAUGUGCUGAAGCCUAUAAAAUACGUGGCCAUUGAAGUAUGGCAGGUCAAGGCUGGUUCAGUUUUUGACAACAUUUUGAUAUGUGAUGACCCGGAGUAUGCGAAAAAGGUUGUGGAAGAAACUUGGGCGAAAAAUAAAGAGGCUGAGAAAGAAGCCUUUGAGGAGGCAGAGAAAGAAAGGAAAGCUAGAGAAGAAGAGGAAGCUCAACGGGCAAGGGAGGAAGGUGAACAGCGGAGAAGAGAUAGAGGAUACGAUCGUCGUUACCAAGACAAGGAGCGGUACAGGGAUAGAUAUAAAAGGCAUUAUCACCGCGACCGCGAUUAUCUGGAUGAUGAUUAUCAUGAUGAACUGUGAAAGCCCUGUGCAGUACCAUCAGGGAGACCAUGGAAAGGAACAUCGACGUAUCUUGUUGAGUUACUGUGUUGGGGUCUUACCAUUCCUUAGCAUGAUGAUGCGGUGUCUUUGAAUGAAAUUGAGAAAGUUUUAUUAGUGUGACAAUUUAUGAAGAACUCCAGAAUCUAUCCUGUUGGUUACCAUCCAUUUGAAACAACUGGUGCAACUUGGACAUCGGGCUGUGCCUGUGUUGUAUCAGUCUCUGUACUUCACCAAACUAUGAAAUGAUCAAGGACCGUCCAAUGCUAGUUCGUCUUGUUUAUAUUGUCUGCAUAGUUGAAAAAGGUUCAUGUUUCUCUGGAUCUUUGGGGAAUCCAAUCAUCUACUU